UCCAAACAAAAAUUUGCGAUUUUGCGCCUUUUAUCUUUUCAAGAAAGGAGAUUAAAGUUUUCAUUUUGAGACAGGGGAUGUAAAUAAGAAAGGCAAUGUUUUUUUUUUUUUUGAAAACAAAGGCAAUGUUAAAAUACUCCUUAGUUCGUACUCCGUAUUUUUAGAAGUAAAGAUUCUGAUUCUGGCGUAGGAAUUACAAAAUCAAAAUCGGGAUCAAGUCAAACACCCCUUGAACGCUUCAAGACUCGUACGGUUUUCGAUUCCCGUUUUUAUUUUUUGUUGGUUCAGUUGAAAGUGUAUCUAAUCUUGGUCGGAGUAAUUCGCCAUUGAUAAAGCUGGAAAUUCGGGGAGGUGUAUGCAUAUGAUGCAUUUCGGUGCAUUUAGAACUCGGGUAAGGAGUUGGCUUCGCGACUAUGACAGAAUUCAAUCCGCCGCUGUGAUUCUGAUCUACCUUCAGAUUGCCUGCGCGCUGAUCGGGUCUCUUGGAGCCUUCUACAGUGGUGUGUUGUUCGUCCAUCUUGGGAUUUCGUUGUUCGCCCUUGUCGCCAUCGAAAGCAGCAGCCAGAGCCUCGGCAGAACGUACGCCGUCCUCCUCCUCUCCGCCGUCUUGCUCGAUGUCCUCUGGUUUAUCCUCUUCUCCCACGAAAUCUGGAACAUUUCGUCCAAAAGUUAUGGAGCCUCUGUCAUCUUCUCAGUGAAACUUACUAUGUACAUGCAAAUAAUCGGUUUUUGUGUAAGGUUGUCAUCUUCAAUAUUGUGGAUUCAGAUAUACAGGCUUGGACCUUCUUAUGUAGACCUUCCUGUUCCACGAGAAACAGAUACUGAUUUGCAAAAUAGUUUUCUCAGUCCUGUAAAUCCUGCUUUUACACGACCUCAUUCCGGUUCUGAUGAUGCUUUGGGUGGAUCUGUAUAUGACCCUGCAUAUUAUUUCUCUUUGAUGGAAGAUGGUAAAGAUGAGAAUUAUUUGUCUGUGUUGAAUCAAAAUCACGGCAUGGGUAUUGUUGGCUCAACCCCUUCACCUGAAAGAACCGCUUCACCGAAGCCUGUCAGCAACUCUGUUCAGGGUAAAGAUGAACUGACGGCUGUUAGGAAUAUGCUGCAAUUUUGAGCCCGUUUUUUUCCCGUGGAGGGUUCAUUUUUUUACCCAUUUCUCGGCUGGUUCUUUUUUGGUUGUGACAAUGUACAGUGACCGUGCAUAUAUGAUUUGUAGAGAUAUAUACUGAUCAUACAGAUUAUACUCAUUGAAGCUUAUAGAGAGUAGCAGAUUAUUAUUGCAGUGUUGAAA